AUGAUGGAAUCUCCGUAUCGUCCACAGCCUCACAACAACGAUGCCAAAGACGGCGCGGUGUCUUCCUUAUUGCCGGAAGACCAGCCAGAACCAACCUCUCCCAAACCACGUGUAUCACCGAGACAGCAACGACGAUUUUCUCCAUGGGCCGUGGAUUUGAAUUUGCAACGUGGCGGUACUACUGCUGGUACUGCACCUUCUAGUAGAACGCAAUGUUCGACAUCUUCCUGGAAAAUGAGCAUGCAACAACGUAAAGCUGUAUAUGGUGAAGUCGCGGUUGCCGAAGAUGAGGAGGAAGAAUCAGAUCAAGAGAAUGGUCUAGACCAGCCAUCAUUGGAUCAUGAUGAUGAGGGGCCAACUCCUCAACAAAAGGCCUUGCAAUAUAUUCAGGAACAACGAAAACAAAAAGAACUUGAAGCUAUUGAAAAGCAACAGAAGCAACAAGAACAACAAGAUCCACCAAGUAGUGCUGAAUCCAAGACUGCUGAAGAUUUGUCAGGUUUGGGUACCGUUCUGGAAGAUCUUGUCGAAGAGGAGGAGGAAGAAGAAGAGGUUACUAGCCCUGAUGCCAUCGAAACUGGAGUCCCUGCCACGGACACUUCCACUACUGAAGCGCCUACUACUGCUGCCGCGGUAGUCAAUGACGAAAACGAAGGUCUAUCCGAAAUGGAAAUUCAACGCAAGUUCAAGUCUUAG